AUGGGUAAUAAUAUAUCAAGUACAACAACUUCUAUAGCAACAGCUGGCAUAGACAGUUAUGUUAGCGAACUUGGUGACAUUCAAUAUGAAAAAAGUUUGGGCAGUGCUCGUUUUAUGAAAACUAUUUGUGGUCGCCACAAAGAAGGUCCCGUUGUAGUCAAGAUAUUUAUUAAACCUGAACCUAGCCUAUCUUUGUCAAACGUUGUUAAAACACUUAAAGCAUUAAAAAUACCUCAUAAAUAUAUUAAUUAUGUACGACUUUUAUCUGAACAAGUAGAUAAUGGCGAAGAUAUUGUAGAUGCACAUCUUGCAAAGAGAGGUGUUAGUAAGAAAAAUAAAAAAACAGUAAGUGUAGCAGAUAUAGCAGAUACUGAAGAAGUAAAAAAGUUGAGAUCUCUCUAUAAAGACAAAUUAGCGACAUUACAAGAAAUGUUUGAAGAUUGGACAGAAGCAGAUUUGCUGUUCACUUUAAACGAAGCUGAAGGUGACAUCGAACUCACAGUUAGUCGAAUCAGUGAUGGUCAUACAAGUCAAUGGGGUGAAGUUAAAUCUCGUAAAUCUAAAAAAGAUCAUAGCAAUAAAACCAAAUCUACCGGACAACCUGGUGUUUCUCAACGUGGUAGUGCUGGUAGUGGUGUUGUUACUAAUGUUACCGGUAAUAGUGGUAAUGGAAGAUCUCGUGGUCGUGGUGGAAGAAGAGAUGAUCGAACUAAUAGUAGUAGUCGAGCUAUAAAAAAAGAAAAUGGUUCAGGACAUGGUCGAACUUCACGUCAACAUCCAAAUGGACCCAGUUCUUCUUUUCAUCACAACGAAACAAGUAACGGUAACCAAUUCAAAUCAUCUACCACCAACGAUUCUAAUUCUUGGGGCAACAAUGAUUCGUCUGGUGGAGGAAAUAAUUGGUCUUCAGAUGCUAACAAUGACGAAUUCCUUACUAAUAAUGAUUGGAAUUCUAAUGAGACAAAAAGUUGGGGCGAUACCGAACCAACCUUCAUUACUAAAUCUACAAAAAACGAAGUAGUACCUUCAUCAUCACAGAAUACUGCUACUAAUUGGUCAUCAACAAUAGAAUCAAAAACUGAAGGUAGUUGGGGAGAUGAAGAUAUCAACAUAUCUACUACAACAACUGCUACUUCCUCUAAUGAUUUCUCCAAGGAUGACUCUAAUCUUAAUAAAGAUGGUUGGGCAUCAUCAUCUUCAGAUACUCAUCAUAACUCCAAUGAGUUACGGGUAUCUGAUAAUUGCAACAAUAAUAAAAAUUCUAGGGAUUUUUCAAAAUCAUACAAAAAUUCUACUACAUCGAAACCUUACUCAUAUUCAUCAUCUACACCUACUCCUAGUUCUUCUAAUAAAUCACCAGUACCGCCUAAAUCACGGACAAUACCUCCUCAGUCCAAAACUUCUUGGGCUCAAAUUGUGAAGCCUGAUCAAAAACCGGAACAUAAACCCGAAACAACAUCUACUACCCCUAUACAGCAACAUCAUAACAACACUAAUACCAAGGGCUCACUUGAAGCAACAAAACCUUCAUCACCGAAUAUAUCGAAAACAACUCCACCAAUACCGACACAGUCUCCAUCAAAAGUUGUUGAACAAGUCAUUAUAAAUGAUAACAACAACAUAAGUAUUAAUAAUGAUUUCCAACAAGAAACCAUUUCAACGACUUCUACUCCAGAAAUUGCGAUCUCUGAAAUUGAAGAAACUAAAAAAAAAUCACCUCCAGCAUCAUCACCAUUGUUAAAUAAGGAAGUUUUGACCCCACCAUCAAAUGCUACUGGAAUAUCAAACAUCUUAUCAACUUCUGCUACAAAUACACCAUCAUCGCAGCCAUCAUCACCUACGCCUACAUCUAAUUCACUACAACAACAAACAACACCUUCACCUUCCUUAUCUGCUGCAAAUGCUACUACUAUUAAUAAUAAUAUUUGA